AUGGAUUCGCUUGUUCAAUGUCGUUAUUGUAUGAACCGUUUAACUCAUCCAUUGGAAUUAGUAUGUCGGCAUACCUUCUGUUCGGAUUGUUUAACAAAGGAAGUUAAAAACGAGAAAAUCAUCUGUCCUAUAUGUAGUACUGAGCAUGCUGCACCUGGCGCAUCGUUAGCAACAGCAAAAGAAGACAAACUUGUACCAUAUCUGAUCGGUUUGAAGAAUGAUGAGACAUACUCGUCAAUUACUGAUACAUCUCCAACAACGAUUCAUGCUGAAUGUGCUGGAUGCAAACAAAUCACUGAUCUACGUAUAUGUUUCCAUUGUGAAAAACCCUUAUGUACUAGUUGUCGAGGAAGUCAUUAUGAAUCACAAAGAAAGGACGUCGAUCAUUCAAUUCAGAGUUUGUUAACUAAAACAAACGAACUGGUUGUUGUCGCUCAAACAUUGAAUACCAAUCGAACGAAUCGUAUUCAGGAAUAUAAAUUAAUGAAAGACAAAAUUACGACGCAUGCAAAUGAUUUAGCGAAGAUGUUACAUGAUGAAGAGCAAGCUCUUCAGAAGAAAAUCGACGCAAGAAUUCAAUAUGAAACUGAACGGAUUGCUACGACAGAACGUGAACAACAAUACCUGCAAAAGAACAAGACCACUUUAGAUCAAGUUAUGGAUAAAUAUCGAGAUGAAAAAAAUCAAAUGAUCUUAAUGAAAAUGCACAAGAAUUAUCUAGACUUAGCACCUAAUUGGAAAGACAAAUUAGAUACUUAUGCCGGUCGGAUUAAUGGGAAGAAAGAAGAAGAAUUACAUUUUCAACCAACCCAACCGGGAAAAAACGAUGCUCUCGUUGGUAAAUUAGUCGAUUUGAAACCUGCUACUCUUCAUACUGCGACAGGUUCUAAACCUACUUCAACUCCAGCAGCUAGUCGUUCAUGUACCAUCAUGUAA